AUGCAGAGCACGUAUUCGGGGAAAAGCAACCGCACAUUGGAAGAAGACAUCAAUGUUCAGGUACACUCUCUUGUCAAGUUGAUCCGGCGGAAGUAUCUUUGGACUGAAUCCCAUCCCCGCCACGUUGAUUUCGCCAGGCUUAGUCAGUUCUUCACCAUGGACGUCAUCACAAAGAUCGCCUACGGUAAAGCGUUCGGGUAUCUACGGGACGACGAAGAUAAGUUUGACUAUCUCCGGACCAUUGAGCGUGUGGUCCCAUUUGUGGCUUUCUGUACCAGCUUUCCAGCUCUCUCGCGCCUCUUCGAUUCGACCUGGGCACAUCGAGUCGCGGAAGCGGUGGUAGAUGAACGGUAUGGUGAGCUAUCCGUGACCAAAUCUGACAUGCUCGGGUCUUUUGUACAGCGACGUCUUCCUAGACGUCAGAUGCAAGCUGAGGUACUAUUUCAAAUCACCGCCGGAUCUGAGACGACGGCGACUGCUCUCCGGGCCACUUUGUUGCAUCUUAUCACCAAACCGAAGUAUCUAGAGAUGUUACGCGGCGAAAUUUAUUCCGCGAUUGGGGCCCAUCUAAUUUCAUGCCCUAUCAGUGAUGCGGACGUCAAAAGACUCCCGUUCCUGCAAGCCUGUGUGAAAGAAGGCUUGCGAAUUCAUCUUCCUUUCACUGGUCUCUUGAUGAAAGAAGUCCCACCACAAGGAGACGUCAUCCACGGAGUAUCUGUACAUGCACGAUUAUAUAUAAACCAGUUCGCCAUUCAAGUUCCAUACGCAUGCUUGGACCCAUUGACAUUCGGCAUGAUGGCAUUGAAUUUAUUAUCGCUCGUUCUUUUUAUGAAGGUUGGUUUUCUUGCAGCCGCUCAGCUUCCAGUGUUUAUAGUGAACAACGCCUCCGGAAAUGACACCAUCAAUGCAUACGUCACUGGAUUAGACUUGAACAACGAAUUGGUUCUGCUAAAACCUGAUGGUUCUUGGUAUUACCCAGAUCCUGCAGUACAAUCUUCAAUUCCAAAAUCGAUCGCGGAGGACUUUGCGAUCCGUGUCGGUGGAAAGGGGACUACGACCGCGAUAAACCUCACAAGCGAUCUUCUCGCCGGGCGCAUAUGGAUUUCUAUCAACUCUCUGGCAUUUUUUACCGUCCUUGAUGUAGGUGGUGUUGUCAGACUGGUGGAACCUUCGGUCACUGAUUCGUCAGACCCAAACGCUUCUGUAAAAUGGGGAUUCAUCGAGUUUACCUACUCGAAACGAGACGGCGUAUUCGCUAAUAUCAGUUACGUGGAUUUUAUUUGUCUUUCACUUGGAAUAUCGCUCUCCUCCGCAAAUGGUCUUUAG